AGAGAGAGAGAGAGAGAGGAGGGAACCAAGUGGGGGGAGAAGAGAAGGCCGGCUGACGGAGCUCAUUAGAGGCCCAUAAGCAGCCAGCCGGCCGGUCGGAAAAUCCGUUCCUCCCAGGGAGAAGCAAGGAGAGAAAAACUCCAAAGGAAAACCAGGUCUCGGGAACAUGGAGCAGACGCGCUUCCUCUUUCUUUUCUUCCUCGCCCUGGCCAAGGAGGCGGCUCAGUUGGAAGACAACAAGAUCCCCAGCUUGUGCGCGGGGCAGCCGGGUCUCCCCGGGACCCCUGGAACUCAUGGCCACCAGGGUUUGCCCGGCCGGGAUGGACGAGAUGGACGAGAUGGGGCUGCAGGCCUGCAUGGAGAGAAGGGUGAAAUUGGCCAUCCAGGACUGACUGGCCCCCGAGGGGAGCCAGGCAGCCCCGGCACCAACGGACUCCCGGGUGAGAAGGGGGUCCAGGGAGAAUGUGCGGUGGCACCCCGUUCGGCCUUCACUGCCAAGCGCUCUGAGUCCCGCAGCCCGCCACUGCCUGAUGAGCCCAUCGUCUUCGACAUCAUCCUGAUUAACGAACAAGGCCACUACGACGGUAACACCGGCAAGUUCAUGUGUGAAAUCCCGGGGUUGUACUACUUUGCCGUGCACGCCACUGUCUACCGGAUGAGCCUCCAGUUCGACAUCAUGAAGAACGGCAAGGCAAUCGCCUCUUUCUUCCAGUUUUAUGGCAACUGGCCAAAGCCCACCUCCCUGUCUGGAGGGAGCCUGGUGCGGCUGGAGCCUGAGGACGAAGUCUGGGUGCAGGUGGCAGUGGGCGAGUACACCGGCUUCUACUCCAGCGUGAAAACAGACAGCACCUUCACCGGGUUCCUCGUCUACUCCUACUGGCAGAACUCCCCCGUCUUUGCCUGAGAGGCAGCCCAGGAAACGCUGGCAUCCUAAAGUCUCACAUCCUGGUCCUGGUUUGCGUCAACAGUCCCAAGACCCUUCUUGACUUGGGUGGGGGGUGCAACACCCUUCAACUGACCCCAUUGAGACUAGGAGAUAAGGAGCGGAUGUGCCUCCGUUAAUUCCUGGUAGCCCGGGUCACCGCUGAAAAGCCAAUACUUUUCUCUAGCAUCUCCCUAAUACAGAUAGUCCUCAACUUACGACCAAAACUUCCCGUCACUAAGCAAAGGGGUGGUUAAAUAGCUCACGUUCCAUCAUUUUACACCCUUUUGCAUCGCCGUUCUUUAGCAAAUCAUUGCAGGCCUAAAUGAUUCUUGCAAAUCGGGCUUCCCCCGUUUGUCAGAAAUGGGCUAGGAAAGUGGUGAAUGCUGGUCGUAUGUCCCCAGGAGGCUGCGACCGUUGCAAAUACACGCAUUGCCAAGAGCCUGAGCUUUGAUCCCAUGACCGUGAUAGAAUGAGGACCGAUUGUAAGUCACUUUUUUUUCAGCGCCAGUGUGACAGCCACUAAACAAAUGGUCGCAAGUCAAGGAAGGGAGCUCCAUUCCACCUCUUCCUUUCCUGACCUCAGAAGUCCUCCAAAGGGUGGACCUGAGUCUUUCAGCCAAUUCUUCAGCUCUCUCUCCUUGAAAAGAGGUUUAAUUUCCAAUCCCUCUUUGGCCAAGAGGCCCCCCUUCCUGAUUUCAGAGGUUUUUUUAGGGAGGAGUGCAGGAAGCGAAAUCCUCACGACAAUUAUGGAAAUCCUGGUGACCAAAGAGAGCUGUGCCCUCUGAACCCCAGGGGUACGGAUGGCGUUCUUUCCAAAAAGCUUUGGUUUGUGGCUCUCUCAAAAAGUGACCGUGAGAAAAAAAUUACAGAAGAUGUGAAGUAGGUGAUUCGUGAUGAUGAUGAUGUUAUCCAUUCAGUUGUGUCCAACUCUUGGGUGAUUCGAUGGGCCAAGAUUCUCCACAUCUUCUGAUCUUUCAUUAAGUACCGUACUUUUCGGAGUAUAAGACUUUUUUCCCCUCUAAAAGAGGGUGGAAACAUCGGUGCGUCUUAUAGACCAAAUACGGCCAUUUUUGACCUCCCGAAACCCUGCCCCACAUCAGAGGUGGGUUUCAGCAGGUUCUAACCAGUUCUGGAGAACCGGUAGCAGAAAUUUUGAGCAGUUCGGAGAACCGGUAAAUAUCAUCUCUGACUGGCUCCGCCCCCAUCUAUUCUCUGCCUCCCAAGUCCCAGCUGAUUGGGAGGAAAUGGGGAUUUUGCAGUAACCUUCCCCUGGAGUGGGAAUGGAGAUUUUACAGUAUCCUUCCCUUGCCAUGCCCACCAAGCCAUGCCACGCCCAACAAGCCACACCCACAGAACUGGUAGUAAAAAACUUUGAAUCCCACCACUGCCCCACAUGUCCCAUUUUUGCCAAAAACAGGCCCGUUUUUCGCAAAAACAGGAUGUGCAGAAGGUUCCGGAGGCCUGCAGAGUGCUCCUGGGGGCUGGGGAGAGCAAAGACAGGACCCGUGGGGGGUCCGGGAGGCCAAAAACAGGCCUGUUUUUUGCAAAAUUGGGACAUGCAGAGGGUUUUGGAGACCUGCAGAGUGCUCUUGGGCCGGGGAAGGCAAAAACCGGAAACACGGAGGCCAAAAACUAUUUUUUUUCCCCCUUGUUUUCCUCUUCAAAAUCUUGGUGCGUCUUAUAUUCUGAAAAAUACGGUAUAUUGAAUUACACCGUGUUUCCAUUUAAUUGAAAACAUCCAUGUCAAAUGAAAAAGCAAGCCAGGAGGUUCUUUUCAAUCUUGGCUCCACGCAUGUUUUGGAACGCCAUCUCCAGAAUGUGAUUCAAAGAAUUUGGCUGCUGGCCUUGACCAAGGUACGACCUGGCUUUAAAGCAAAGCUGCAUUCACAAAAAACACUUAACCAAACCUACACCGCAUGCAAACCUUGGUUGGGUUCUGCCCGUCUGCGCUUCUCCUAAUGUCUAUAUUGUGCCAGACGACUAGCCAUCUGGCUAGUCCACAGUUCCCAUGUUUUGCACUACCCCAAAAAUGGAUUAAUUCCAUGCUCACAUCAGCUGCUGGGGAGGAGUGGGCCUGUUCCCACAUUCUUCUCUCAGUGCGGUCUUGCAAGGACCAAAUCAGUGUUGGUAUUCAGCUGGUUCCAUCCGGUUCGGGCGAAUUGGUAGCAGCGGCUGUGGGAGACUCCACACACCCGCCCGGACGUCAUCACGUCCCAUUUUUGAUGCUCUGCGCACGUGCGCUCACAUUUGCGAACCGGUAGCGAAGGUAAGUGAAUACCAUCCCUGGACCAGAUGUGACCAUUCUCCCCUCCUCCCCUUCAAGAUGAAAUAAGAAAUUUAUUUCAACUCUCCCCCCCAAAGAGAGAAAGAUUAGCAAGUUCCUGCAGUCACUUUUGGUAUCCAGAAGAUGGACGGGCCAUCAUUAUCUCAGGUUAAUUUGCAUCUUCUGACAGCUACAAGAUAAAGGCUGGUUCAGAUAUUAAGUCAAAGUUGGCUUCAACCUCUCUUCUCCAGAAUCAAUGCUGGCUGGGGAAUUCUGGGAAUUGAAGUCCACUUGUCUUAAAGAUGUCAAGAAGUUGAGAAACACUGGAGUGGCUGUCAAACUGACUAGCCAUCCCAUAAGCAUCCAGUGCAAGCCAAAACUGUAUGAAAUCACAGGCUUCGUGAUGACGUCAUCCUAACAUUAUGCAGUCUGUAACUUCAUAAUGUCCCUUGUCCUCUCCUCCAACCUUCAGCAGCAUCCCACACGAGGGGGGUCCAUCUUAGCAGCAUUCAAGCUGCAAGAGACGUUUGAAGAAAAUGUGCUGUGUUUUAAGCCAAAUUUGAAGAAAUUGCUCAGAAGGGGGGGGGCUUCCUCCACGAGUCGAGCUUUGCUGUAACGGAACAUGGAAGGUUCCAUCCACUAGGGGGCACCCUGAGCUUAAAGAUGCAUUUGAUAGCCAAGUUCAACUUUGCAAUUAACCUGGUUUGUACGUUUUUAUGUACCCCACAUAUUUUUUUUCCUAACAAAGAGAUUUGGCUCAUUUGGUUAACUUUUUUCGGUGCAAUAAACGUUGCUGUACAUA